AUGUCGACGCCAACCGCUCAGCCCGCCGACCCUAUCGCCAAGGGCGUCUUGGCCACGGCGAAGCAGUCCUUGAAAGACCUCUUCAUCUGGAAGCAGCGUACUGUCGUCGUCACCCCGGACGGCGAGACGCUCACGGAAUGGCAGGAUCCCGACCCCAUCAAGAACCCCAUCAGCCUGAUGGCCCAGCUGAGCCCUCGCGACUGGCUCUUCUUCAUCUGUGGUUUCUGCGCCUGGACAGCCGAUGCCUUUGACUUCCACGCCCUCUCUAUCCAGACCACCAAGCUGGCCAAGUACUACGACCGCUCAAAGACGGACAUCACCACGGCCAUCACCCUAACCCUUCUGCUCCGUUCCAUCGGUGCCGCCGCCUUCGGUCUGGCCGGUGACAAGUAUGGUCGCAAGUGGCCCAUGGUUGCCAACAUGAUCAUCCUCGGUCUCCUCCAGAUUGCCACCAUCUACAGCACCACAUUCCAGCAGUUCCUGGCUGUGCGCAGCUUAUUCGGUCUCUUCAUGGGAGGAGUCUACGGAAACGCCAUUGCCAUGGCUCUUGAGCACUGCCCCUCCAACGCCCGCGGUCUCAUGUCUGGUAUACUCCAACAGGGGUACUCUUUCGGCUACGUGCUCGCCGCUUGCGCCAACCUCGGCGUCGGCGGUGGCGUCGAGACGUGGAAGACGGUCUUCUGGAUCGCCGCCGGCAUUUCCAUCGCCGUCGGUCUCGUCCGCAUCGUGUUCCCCGAGUCCCAGCAGUUCCUCGAGGCCAAGGCGCGCGGCAAGAAGACGGCUUCGCCCGGCGCCUUCUGGAGGGAGACCAAGAAGAUGCUUGCGCAGGAGUGGAAGAUGUGCGUCUACUGCAUCAUUCUCAUGACGUGGUUCAACUACUACUCGCACACGUCGCAAGACUCGUACACCACCUUCAUGAUCGCCCAGAAGGAGAUGGACAACAGCGGCGCGUCCCGCGCUUCCAUCCUGAUGAAGGCCGGCGCCUGCGUCGGCGGCACCAUCAUCGGCUACCUGUCCCAGUUCUUUGGCCGUCGCCGCGCCAUCAUCGCCUCGGCGCUCAUGUCUGCCUGCCUGAUCCCGGCCUGGAUCCUGCCCCAGGGUGAGCGCGCCCUCAGCGCCAGCGGCUUCUUCAUGCAAUUCUUCGUCCAGGGUGCGUGGGGCGUCAUUCCCAUCCACCUCAACGAGCUGUCGCCCCCGGCCUUCCGUUCCUCGUUCCCCGGCAUCACGUACCAGCUGGGCAACAUGAUCUCGUCGCCUUCGGCCCAGAUCGUCAACGCCAUUGCGGAGAAGACAUUCGUCAGGGCGCCUUCGGGCCACAGCGUCGAGGCGUACGGCCCGGUCAUGGGUAUUGCGACGGCCAUCAUCGCUAUGGGCAUUGUGAUCACGACCAUGUUCGGACCCGAGCGCCGCGGCCGCAGCUUUGAGCACGCCGUCGCCGGCGUCCAGGGCGAGGUAGCCGAGACCAAGGAGAUGGACGACCACGACGAGGAGAAGGGCAGCAUCAGGGCCGCCACCGUUGAGAACGCAGCCCCGCACAAGGAGUAA